AUGGAGAAAUUUGAUGCAAAGAGCAAAAACUAUUGUAGUCCCAACCUGGUGCCAAAGGCACCUGGAGAGUCGCUGGCGAGAGUUUUGAAACUGUUUCUGACAUCAGCGAAGAAUCAGCAGCACCAGCGCAAAUCUGCUGCAAGAGGGAAGGCCAGGGAGCAAAGGCGAGAUGCUCUUCCUUUGGCUGUGUCCUGGUAUUCCGGGACACCACCAGAAGGCGCUGCCCACAUUCAGGGUGGCUCUUUGCGCAUCCAUCAAGGCAAUCGGGACACUUCUUCAGGUUUUAUUAACUUCUUAACCUAUUUUCUGGCUGCUGGUGCCAUUAGUCUGGGAAUUGGUUUCUUAGCUUUGUCAUCUGCGUUGUGGUUCCUGAUCUGCAAACGAAGGGAAUUAUUUCGAAGUCCCAACAUUAAAUCAAUUGAUGAAAAACUGAAACAAAGACUAUACAAACAGAAGGCUAAACCUCAGUCUGUUUUCAUUUCCCGAAACUUUCACACUGGCCAAUCUCAACCGCAGGUGGAACACAGAGAAAGGGAAGGAGCACAAAUGAAAGCAGUCAAUUCUAAAGAUGAACUCUGCCUUCCGGACCCUGUGGACGGAGAGUCCCCUGACAUGCUCUCAGUAGAAAAUGGCAGUAGUGUGACAGUGAACUUGUCGACGUCCAUCCCUAGUUCUUACUGCAGCCGAAGCAUGGAAGCAGCUGAUGAGUGGUUCUCAAAUUACCCUCUAGAAGCCAAGACUCCCCCAGAGCCUUUACUUGGGGAACCUCUAGCAGAAAAGGUGUUAGCAUACCUGUCAAGUAUCUCAUUAGAAGAAUGGCCUAGAAACACAAUGAAUGUGACAUUUUGUGACGUUCAAAAAGAAGAAAACACUAAGGAAAUGUUUUCACAAAGAAACACAGAGGCUGGCAUACACAACCUUCCAUGUGAUACUGAAUAA